AUGGCUGUGUUGGGCAAGCCCGUGCUCCUGUCACUGGGAUCAUUGGUCUUUCAAAAGAAGCCGUCGCCCCCCCUUUGCUCAAACACUACUUCUGUACUUCCUCAUCUUGCACAAGCUCUGCAAACCUCGCAAUUCCAACCUCUCAAGUCGUGUAUCUGCAACCUCAAGCCAAUACUCUUCACUAGUCACUCCAUCAAAAUGCAGUUCAAAUCCGUUGCGGCGCUUCUCCUCUCUACUGCGGCCACUGGUGCUGUGGCCCAGCAAAUCACGCCUCCUCCGGCUUCCAUCCUGACCGUUCUCGAGACCGCCCUGCCCUCGUCCCUCAUCACUGAGUUGACCAACCCCAGCGCCAUUCAAUCCGUGGUCAGCGAGGUCGCGGCGGGCACUGUCCCUGGAUGGCUCCAGAGUCUCCCUCCGAACGUUAAGAGCUACCUUGUGACUGCGUACGGCAGCCUCGCUAGCGUUGCUGUUCCCUCGUCUGCUGCCAGUCUCGCCUCUAGCGCUCUGUCUGUCGCCACCGCUACCCCUACCGCUUCUGCCGAGUCUUCUGGCUCUGCCUCUAGCUCUGCCGGCAGCUCUACCGCCAGCUCCUCCGCUGGCUCUUCCUCCGCCGCCUCUGGCCACGCCAGUGCGACCUCCACUGGCGGUGCUCCGGCUGCUACCGGUGCUCUGGCCCUGGGUCUCGCGGGUGCUGCUGGUGUCCUUGGUCUUGCUGUUGCUCUGUGA